CGCCUAGCGUCCACCUCGGAAAAGAUCACGUAGCACAGCACAGGCCACGGAAACACUAGUCUCCUCGCAGGCCCGGCAGCAAGAUAUUUUCGACGCCAAUAAUUGACUCCUCGUAGUCCUCUUCCAGUCGGCUCAGAUCUGUUUUGGCUUCCACUUUCCUCUCUCUCAAAUCUAUCUACCUCCAUUGGCGUUGGUUUGAUGGCCGCGAAUCCCGCGAUGAAGAAGAUCGUGUUGAUGGUCGAGAUGAAGGACGACCGACAGAAGCAGAAGGCGAUAAAAGCAGUCUCCGUUCUCUAUGGUAUCGAAAUGAUCGGUGCGGACAUGAAGGAUGGAAGGAUCACGGUCAUCGGCGGAGAUGAGCCCAUCUUUGCCGCCUGUUAAAAUUUCAGCUGUAACUCGCAACAACAGUUCUGUCCAAUUGCCAGUAUUUUCUCGUCAUACUGGUUGCAAUCCAGAGCAGUACUGAUGCAUGCAUGGAGUACAGGACAAUGGUGAAUGCAUUGCUGUGAAGAAGCUUCAUCCCAUGCCGGUUCUUGAUGACGAGGAAUUCAAAAGCGAGUUUAGUAAUCUUUUGAGGGUCAAACAUCAAAAUACCAUACCGUUGGUUGGUUACUGCCAUCAUACAGCACAGGUGCUUCUUGAGCACAAUGGAAAGCAUGUUUCUGCCAGAGUAGAAGAAAUAUAUUUAUGCUCGGAAUACUUGGAGGGAGGAACCCUUGACAAGCAUCUUUCUAGUAUGAUUAUGCUCUACUUACAUUAUCAUUUUUGCAGGCAUGAACAAUUAAUGAUCCCUAAACUUUACAUCCUCGUAAUGCACAUUUUGUUUACUUCUAUAGAUGAACCAUGUGCGCUUGUUUGGCACACAUGUUACAAAAUAAUUAAGGGUAUCUGCGAGGGUUUACAUUACCUUCACAAAGGAUUCGAGUAUCCUAUUUACCAUCUGGAAUUAAAACCUACAAAGAUUUUGCUGGAUAACGAAAUGAUGCCCAAAAUUGGAGGUUUUGGUUUCUCUGGAUUCUUGGAUACAACGGAAACCUUCAACACAUCAGAAGUUAUGCGAACAAGUUUAUACAUGCCACCAGAAUACAUCAGUAAACGGCAAAUCACACCAAAGUUUGAUGUAUUCAGUCUGGGCGUUAUAAUCUUGCAAAUAAUGGCAGGGAAGGAAAGCUAUCCGAAAUGUGCAGAUAUUCCUCCUGAAGAGUUUAUUGAGCCUGUCUAUGAAUUCUGGGUAGAUAGGAUGCAAGGCACAAUAUCCAAGCAUACUUCACACGAAGUUAGAACAUGCAUCGAAAUAGCUCUAAGCUGUGUGGAGUUCAAUCGAGUGAAGAGGCCUACUAUAAAUGAGAUCAUACAAAGACUGAAUAAGAUUGAUAUUGUUGAGUGCUCAUCUAUAGGUGAGCUAUACAAGACAGAGGAGUUUGCAUUUGAUUUCUUAAAACAUAUUACAAAUGGUUUUUCCAAGAAGAAUAUAAUUGGUCAUGGUGGAUAUGGAAUUGUUUACAAGGGAUUGUUGGACAAUGGAGAAGAGAUUGCUGUUAAGAAACUUCAUCAAAUGUUAUGGAUUGAAGAUGAGCAAUUUAAGAAUGAGGUUAAUAAUCUAAUGAGGGUGCAACACAAAAAUAUUGUACGGUUAGUUGGCUACUGCCACCAUACAUCACAAAUAUUUGUUGAGCACGAAGGAAAACAUGUUUCUGCUAGUGUAGUAGAAAGAGCGAUUUGUUUUGAACACAAGCAGGGUGGAAGCCUUGACAAUCAACUUUCUGCUGAACCUUGCAUACUUGAUUGGAACAAAUGUUAUAAAAUAAUAAAAGGAAUUUGUGAGGGUCUACAUUACCUUCAUAGUGCUGAUAAUCCAAUUUACCAUUUGGACAUAAAACCUGCUAAUAUUUUGUUGGAUAAGGACAUGGAGGCAAAAAUUGGUGAUUUUGGUUUGUCAAGACUUUUUGAUUCAACACAAACCUAUAUGACAGAAUCCAGAGAUAUUAAAGGAACACGUGGAUACAUGCCACCGGAAUACAUCGACAAACAAAAAAUCAGUCCGAAGUUUGACAUAUAUAGUCUCGGGGUCAUAAUCAUUCAAAUAAUGGCAGGAAAGGAGGGCUACUUCAAUUGCCCACACACCCCUCCAAGAGAAUUUAUUAAACAUGUACGUGAAAAAUGGAGAGUGAGGCUUCAGGCAACAAUGUCGUCCCAUGUAACUGAAGAAGUGAGGACAUGCAUCGAAAUAGCGUUAAAAUGUGUGGAGGACGACCGAAAGCGAAGACCUGCAAUAGCGACAAUUGUUAAUGAACUAAGUAACAUUGGUAUUGCUAGAAGUUCACCAGUAGGUCAGUGGGCAAAUAAGCUGACUGCAUUGAAGUCCUUGUUAUUAUCCACUCACUUCAAACACUGGCUGGUCCUCUUAGUCGCAGCAGGGAUCGCCAUAUUUUUCGCAUGGCUCCAAUUCUGUCCAGAUUCAUGGUGCCGAAGCAUUACGCGGAGAACAUAAAACAACAUCCCUUGAAGUACAUAGUCAAUUCGCUCAUGUAGAUAUGCACGAAUGGUGUUGGUGAUUCUCAUGUCAACAGAGAGAAUAUAUUUGUUACACGAAUGGUGUUGGUGAUUCUCAUGUCAAGUUUCAGCUGUCAAACAAAGGAAAUGGCCAUCUUCAAAACCAGUAGAGUCCUAGGGUAUCUGUAUUUUUUUAGAAGUUCAUGUGCCAUGCAUAUAGUCUGAUGGUUGGCAUGAACUUUGAGUGUAGAGAAGUGUUUUUUGUAAAUGUCUAGGAGGAAACAAAGUGUCACAUGUGCGAAAAACAUGCAUUGACUAUUGCAGGAAGGACCGCCAAGACAAGGCUUAAACGACCGAGAAAGAAAAACAAAAGCCUAAACUAGCAAUCUAGUUUACAGGGGAACGUUGUUAACUGUUAAGCCCUGAGGAUUUUGGUGCACUUUGGGGCUGUUCUGGGAUCGAAGAAAGAUAGGGAAAGAAGGAAGUGUUAGUUAAUCUAAGCCUGCUCUCUGCUUAUUUCUUUGCUCUAACAUUUAUCUAUAAUAAAGUGUGUAACGGAGCCACUGGUCAGA